CAGUGAAGAAGCUUAGUCUCGACGUAGCUGCCAAUCUAAUCCAGCCUUGCAGUUGGUAUCGACCUGUCAGCCUGCUGCAGUGUGCCGUCCAAGCAUGUCUACAGAGUUGGAGCUGCCCUUCCGGCCGGACACCCAGCUGACAGAGGUGAUGCGCCUGCGGGUUCAGUCUCUGCAGCAGCGAGGCCAGAAGAGGCAGGACGGUGAACGCCUGCUGCUGCCCAACGAGGCCGUGUAUCGACUGGACUUCUCCAAACAGUCCCUCCGAUUCUCACGGUGGACGGUGCGGCUGGCCCAGGUGGGACGCCUCACCAUUACGGCCACCUCGCAGCUCUGGACACCUGACCUCACCAACCUGAUGACACGUCAGCUGCUGGAGCCCGCUGGGGUUUUCUGGAGGGUGGUAGGUGAUGCUAGCAACGCCCCCAUCCAGUGCUACGAGGCUGAUGCACAUGAGUUUGGCGAGAGGAUCGCUGAGCUUGCUAAGGUAAGGAAGGUGAUGUACUUCCUGUUUGCGUUUGCAGAAGGCUGCAGCCCUGAGACUGUCGACUGCUCCAUCACCUUCACAGUGGAUAGUUGA